ACCACAUUCACCAUCCACCAUCCAAUUGUAUUUAGCAGAUCCCAGAAACCAAACCAAAAGGAUUAGAUUAGAUUGCGAUUCAGCGCUAUUAUGGGCCUCGUUAGGAACAAUGCCACCUUCGUUCCCAUUUGCGCUUCCUCAACUUCUCACGCCUCAGGUUGAAAUAAAAGAAGAAAAAAGGGUUGAAUGGGGAAGUCUCCUGAUUGGUUGUAUACAGAUCAUGCAACAACGUGUGGCUCCCCCGCAUCAGCAUGGAUUGGUAAAGGACUCACCUGUGUUUGCUUCAAGCGUAAGGGAAACUGUCAACGAAUCUGCAUUAGUUUGACCCCUUUACAGGAGGAAAGACUGAGAAGACUAAAGCGCCGGAUGAAAGUUUACUUUGAUGCUUCCAAGCUUGAACACCAGGAAGCGUUGAGAGCUCUGUGGUCUGCUUCGUUUCCUGAUCAGGAGCUCCAAAGCUUGAUUUCUGAUCAAUGGAAAGAAAUGGGAUGGCAGGGUAGAGAUCCAUCUACUGAUUUCAGAGGAGCUGGUUUCAUUUCAUUGGAAAACCUACUAUUCUUUGCGAAGACAUUCUCAACUUCUUUUCAGCGGCUACUGAAGAAACAAGGAGGAAAAGGAGCUGUUUGGGAGUAUCCCUUUGCUGUUGCUGGCGUUAACAUCACAUUUAUGAUUAUGCAAAUGCUGGACCUUGAUGCCACCAAACCCAGGACUUUUGUAAGAGCAGUUUUUCUACAGAUGCUUUCAGAAAAUGAAUGGGCAUUUGACUUGCUUUACUGCGUGGCAUUCGUGGUUAUGGACAAACUGUGGCUGGAGAGAAAUGCUACUUACAUGGAAUUUAAUGAUGUCUUGAAAUCCACGCGAGUUCAGCUAGAGAAAGAGUUGUUGAUGGAUGAUGUUCUACGGAUUGAAGACAUGCCUUCUUACAGUCUUCUUUGUUGACAAGUGGCCAAAACCCUCACUUCCACCGAAGCAUAGUUUGUGUAAUGUGUACAUCCUCGCUCACUUGCUUAUUGAAUCCGUAGGUUUAAUCUAUGACCAUUAACUAGGUCUAGCAUAUCUUUUUAAUUUAUCAUCCUCUUCAUUCCUUACAUGAUAUGAUAGCUCUAACUUAAAAUGAACUCGACUCCUUGACUAAUGACUAGUGCUAAAGAAAUUUCCACAUUGCCGGGUGGAUUUGUAUCUUUACAUUGCUUCCACGAGAUUCUCAUUUGGAAGUUUUGACUAAUUAGUGAUUGGAUUCACAUCUA